AUGCCCAUCAAUACCUCCUCAUCCGACGAAGGCGUCACCGGCGCCGCCAAAUUCGUCACCUCAACCGUCGGGAACACCCUAGGCGGCGUGGCUCGCACGGUCGGCGGCGUGACGGGCGCGCUGGGCCGCGGGGUGGGAGACACGAUCACGGGCGCGACGGGGAGUGCGGGGAAGCCCGUGGGGGAUGGGUUGAGUAAUGCCCUGACUGGCGUCGAGAAUGGGACGAAGAAGGUCGCGCAGGGGGUCGAGGACGCGGGGGAGUGGAAGUCGGGUGCGAAACGGUUUUAG